GUGGAUUCUGAUUCCUUUUAUUUGUUCUGUGCCUGGAAAUAUAGACCUGGGAUACUCAACCUCUCAUUAAAUAAAUCCACCAUCCCAAUAACCAGUCUAGUGAUUUGACGUUCCACUCCUUCCAGAGCUGUUGUGUCCUUCCUUCUGUGAGGAGAAGUGCACACAAAUGUGGCCUCUCAAAUGUCCUGUAAAAUUGUAGUAAGGUUUCUUCAGUCUUACACUCCAAUCUCUCUGGAAGUUUCAGGUGCAUUGUGGGCAAAAGACAGAGUAACAGGGAUUGUGGGAAGAACGAUCACAAUAAAUUGUAACUAUUACAGACGGCACCAGCAAAACAUUAAAUAUUGGUGUCAUGGUUGGACUGAUCAAUGCUCAUAUUUAGUGAGAACAGAUGAUCCAGGUGGGCGGCGAGGAAGAAUAUCGAUCACAGAUAACAAGACACGAGGAAUAUUUAUUGUUACUAUGGAGGAUCUUCUCUUAGCAGAUGCAGGAUGGUACUGUUGUGGUAUUGAUAAACCUGGCCCAACUCUUGACCCAAAGUUUGCUGUGGAGCUACAAAUAUCUUACGAAUCUGUGUCUGUUCCUGUGUUUAGAUUUUCAUCACCAACAAAUGUCCCAUGUUUUGAGAGCUCAGUGUCCGUUUCCUGUGAGUCUGUCCAGGGAUCCCUUCCCAUUCAGUACGCAUGGUAUGAAAAGACCCUGUUUCAAGACUCAAAGAUCUCUGACACCAAUAAACUGGAUCUACAUUGUCAAUCCUUCAAACAGCAACAUCAUCAAUAUUACUGCACAGCCUCGAAUAAUCAGGGAGAAAAAUCCAGUGAAAUGGUUAAUGUGUCAGUGAUCAACAGAUCAGGGCAGAACUGCGCGUAUGUGACAAAAAUGAACAGAAUUGAUCCAAAUGUAUUGUGGGCAAGAAGGAAGGUAACAGGAGUUUUGGGAAGAGCGAUCACUAUAGAUUGUCACUACGACAAAUUGUACCAGUCAGAUGUGAAAUAUUGGAGUCGCCGGUGCGCAGUUUUAGUGAAAUCAAAUGAUCAGCAUGGACAGCGAGGGAGAAUAUCAAUCACAGAUAACAAGACACAAGGAAUAUUUGUUGUUACUAUGGAGGAUCUUCAACCAGGAGAUGCAGGAUGGUACAGCUGUGGUGUUGAACAAUCUGGUCCCGGUUCAAUGUUCCUUGUAGAGCUUCAAGUAACUAAUGAAUUUGUGUCUGUUCCUGUGCUUAGAUUUUCAUCACCAGCAAAUGUCUCAUGUUCUGGGGGUUCAGUGUCUGUCUCCUGUGAGUCUGUCCAGGGAUCUCUUCCCAUUCAGUACACAUGGUAUGAAAAGAUCCUGUCUGAAGAUUCAAAGAUCUCUGACACCAAUAAACUGGAUCUACAUUGUCAAAUCUUCAAACAGCAACAUCAUCAAUAUUACUGCGCAGCCUCAAAUAAUCAGGGAGAAAAAUCCAGUGAAAUGGUUAAUGUGUCAGUCUUCAAAAUAGCAGUUGAAAACUGCACUUAUGUCACACAAAUCAGCAGCAUUGGACCUGAAAAUCCUUGUGAAGCUUCAAUAACAUCACCACAUUCCACAAGGACAAAUGCAAUUUCCAAAUUUGCUAAAUGUCUGAUUUACAUUGUGCUCAGAGUGCUGGGGGGCAUUCUUGUGGUGUUUGCUGUUUCUCUACUUCUGCACCUGAGGCAAAUCAAGAAGGAUACAAAUGAGAGAAGUCAUGGGAGAGAUACUGAUAAUCUUAAUGAUAAUCAGCAACUGGCAGUAGUAGAAGAGAGCAGCACAUAUGCAAAUGUAAAGUUCCUUCGAAGUAACCCAGCAGAACCUCACAGCGAGCAAACUGUCCUGUUCACUAACAAUGACGAUGGGAUCAUAUAUGCAACAUUGCAGUUUCAAAAGAAAUUGUCAGCACAGAAAGGUGAAAUGCCAAGGCCCUCAGUUAACAGUGAGGACAGUAUUAAUGCCAGCCUCCAGAGAACAACAUAGAAACUCCAUGACUCGAUACUCCACAUGAAUCUGAAAUGGCAGUUUAUACUAACAUUACUCCUUAGGAAAAACAUUCUGGUGGUGCUUGUGAUGAAUAUUGCCCCUUCUGGCUUUGCAAUUGACUUUUAUGAACUGUCCACAAACUUAUUUUGUCUAACUCUUCUGUAAUGCCUGAGUUGUUCCCUUCAGUUCCACUGCUACUCCCAGUUUGGUAUCAUCAGUAAAUUUAAUCAAU